UCCAAACUAAUUCUCACAGCCUUUACUUAGUGUUCGUGGUGUUUGUUACUGCGUGCGCAGAGAAGUUUGCGGUCCCUGCUUUUUCCCAGCUCCUCGCAGGGAGCCCUGCAGAGCUGUCAGGUUGCAAGUUCUGGUGGAAACUUUGGGGUGGUGGUGGAGUAGUUUUGUCAGAGUUGGAACGGUAAUUUUUUUAAAAUCAGAAGUAACUCGUAUGUGGCAAAUUUAAACUAGCAAAACAAGUUUUUACUGCCCUGGCUGAAUUUGCCAGGUUUAAUGUGUAUAUGAAGAAUCAUAAAAAUACCUAAAUGCUCAUGCUCUUUUAGUGUGCGAGCACGUCUCUUUUUUUUCCGAGAUGACAAUCAAUGACAAUUUUACUGGAAUGAUUCUAGACUCUCUAAACACAACUGUGAGAGCUUGUUUAACUGUGAGGGUGCUGAGGCACGGAGGGCAGGAAAUCUGGCUCUCACAUUAAAUAGGUGAGGAAUACUUUGCAAGAACUCCUUCAUUCGUAUCAUGUAUUCAUGACACUGUUGCCUGUGCUUAUUUGUUAUAACAUCGAUGGGCUCUUUCCCCCUCAGUGCUGUGAUUAGACUAUUAGACUCAAAACUAGGUUUUCAUACUGUGAGGUACCUGCUGCUAUUUUGUCUCAGAGUUUUCCAGGAUAAUAUUAUUUUUUGAAAACAAAAGUAAGCACUUUCUAGGCAGAAAGCACAGUAGAGGAAUAUUAUUUGUCCAAGAAUUAGAAGAAUUUGUGGGUGAUUUGACAGACCAGUCCAUGAUUCAGUGUCACACAUUGAGUUCCCUGAGUUCCUCGUUUCACAAACUGCUUUAAAGCUGGAAACUGCUUUCAAAGUUUACCUUUACCAAAGUUUACAGGUAAAAGCAGAGAGGCAACUGUGCCAAUCCUGAUAACUUAGGAACUCAUGGAGUACUUCUGACAUAGCAGUUAAUUACAUUUAGAAUGUUGUAUAACCUCAAGCUGUUCAGCACUGACCUGUGAUGAUUUUUUCCAACAAAUUACUAUUUUAGGGAAUCUGCUUGACCUGUGCUAUUUCACUUCAGAAAGGGCAGUUGUGGGUUUUUUGGAGUAGGUUGUACCCAGUCCAGGUUAGGGUUAGGGUUAGGAUUAACAGAUGAAGUUGUGGCUGUCAUCCAGCACUCGGGAGUGUGUUCUACAUUAUGUUGUUCAGUUGUGAAUCUCUAACACUUUCUUUUCAUUCUACAAUAUCUGUUUCUGAAGUAUUCGUGGGCUUCUCUUCCCCAUGUCCUGUAUCUUUUUUCACUUUUCUCUGCUCAGAAACAUCUCAGGCUUUCUGCAGGCAUACCUGCCAACACCAUUUACUCCUAACUUUCAAACUUCAACUAUUGUCUUAGGUCAGCCUAGCACCCCCCUCGGAGGAAACAGUCCUGCUAAAGUCGGAGGAAACAGCAAAUUUAAGCAACAGGAGGGGUUAGAUGAGAUGUCAGAAAAGUAGCCUCACCUGUAGCCUGACCUGCUGCACAACUGCAGGUUUUUCCUACACACAGGUAAGCAAGCACAUUCAAGACAGAAGUUUUAGUUGCAUGUUUGCAGGUAUGCAGUCAUAUAAGAACUUUUGUUAUUUAUGCCACAUUAAGCUCUUAAUUUUCUGUGUGAAACCUGAUUCUCUCUGAUGCUGUCAAAUGUUUCUUUUGUUCUAGACCUGAUACUGUCUGCUCAGGCAGAGGACUGUGUAAAGGUGUGGCUGUGAGCGCUAGGAAGGAGCAGGUGGGCAGAGCAGGAUGAUGGAGGCGGUGGACGUGCCACCCGAGGGCUACUCCCUGAUCAAAGCCGUGUACCAGCGGCGCCUGCGCCUGACCCGCCUGCUGAUCGACGGCGGGGCCUACGUCAACGAGAGCAACAGCCGGGGCGAGACCCCGCUCAUGAUCGCCUGCAUGACCAAACACAGCGACCUGCAGAGCGCCAGCAAGGCCAAGAUGGUGAAGUACCUGCUGGACAACAAGGCUGACCCCAACAUCCAGGACAAGUCCGGCAAGACGGCCUUGAUGCACGCCUGCCUGGAGAAAGCGGGCCCUGAAGUGGUGUCCCUGCUGCUGCUGAGCGGGGCUGACCCCAGCCUGCCAGACCACUCCAACUGCUCUGCUCUGGUCUACGCCAUCAACGCUGCGGACAAGGACACCCUGGAGCUGCUGCUCAAGGCCUGCAAGGCGCGAGGGAAGGAAGUGAUCAUCAUCACCACAGACAAGUCGGCGUCAGGGAGGCAGAAAACAAAGCAGUACCUGAACGUGCCUCCUCCAGACCUGGAGGAAUGCACUUCCUCAGCUGACUGCACCUCCCCAUCGGAAAUAGAAGCAAACGAGGGUCCAGAAGACCCAUUCAGCUACAAGGAGCUGUAUGGUGGACAGGGGGACAACUCAUCUGAAAGAGUGCCACUGAUGACCAAAUCCAGCUCAACACCAGCACGGUUCAAGCUGACGCAGGUACUGCAGUGUGAUCCCUGGCUAAACUGCUGUCCAGCAGUGUUUCAGCAGAGGAAAAUCACUUCUUCUCAAGAACUUCAGGGUAUCAGUCCCACAGAAGAGCUCUCCUGUAAGGUGACUGGCCUUGACUUAUGCAGGGGUGUCAGCACCAGUCAUGGAAGUAGAGACAGGAAGGACACCGCUCAGGUACUGAAAACCUCUGAUCAAACCAUGUCAAGGAAAGCAUUACGUGACUCAAUAAACUAUCAGACGCCUUUUGUUGAAGAGAAGCAUAACCCCAGUGAGAUUCCCAUGGGCAUGGAUGCCAGUUUGGGACAAAUCAGCUUACUUUCAAACCUUGGCAGUAUUAUCAAGAAAGGAAGCAGAGAAUCGAAUUACAACAUCUCCAGUUCCCAGUUAACUAACAGUUUAAUUCCUGUUGAUACAAAAGGCAGUAAGUCACCAAAAGGAAAUCAAGAGAUUCUUUCUACCUACCAGACUUUGUUACCAAGCCCGAGAAGAGGUCUGGAGAGGAUGUCUCCUGUUUCUCCGAGAGGCAGAAAUCAGGCUCCUCUAGAGGAAGAGGGCGCAGGAGCCUUAGUGCUGGAUCAGACAAGGCCAGCUUCAGGUUUUCUGCCACCGCUGAAUGUGAACCCCCGCCCCCCCGUCCCAGAGCUCACUGUCAUAAACACAGUUUCUGGAAUGAUUUCUUAUGGACAAACUCACCUAGCACCACCAGGAUCUGCGUUCCCCAAAGGGACCAAAGACACCAAUCUGCUGCGGAGGAAGCCGUAUGAGCAGAUUACUGUCUGAGCAGAUUCAGCAGUUACUGAAUCUUUAACAGGAGAGCAAAGGGGAUCUUUAUGAUAUGUAAAUAUUCACUGCAGUCCUUGACUGUAAUGGUAUGUAUCACAAAAUAGAGCAGGUCUGUGAUGUAAAGUAGUGUCUGCCUCAGGAUGACUGGAAUAGCUCAGAAACUAAGUGAGAAUAUUUACCUAGUGGAGCUGUCUUCUGCAAAGUAAGGAGCGUUUAUUUUGCUGGUUUUGUAAAGUUUCCGACUUGCCUGUGACAGACUGAACCCACGACGGUCCUUAAGCAUUGUAGUUCUCAUUGUAGGUUGUAAAUACUACCCCCCCACCUAGAUUUCCCCAAACACGCACACCCUUUCAGCACCCGGAGAGGUGGUGCACGUGGAAUUGGGGAACCUGAGGCAUUUGACUGCGAUGCUGGACAUCAGACUGCCUCUGUCCAGGCUGUACAUACGCAGAAACCCCGGAGACAUCAGCGUGCAGCGGGGCGGGUGGCAGCAGGCGCACCCCGGCAGCGUCUGCUGCCCUCAGCAGCCUCACUGCCAGCGAGCAGACAGCUCCGAGCUGGUGACUCGUGUUGCGGAGCUGUGCUG